AUGAGGAAUAAUCAGUUGGUUGAAUUUGUUUUGAUACUAGGGGUAGUAGCAUGUGCAUACUCUGCUGUUAUCGAUGCUGGUAACAGAAAGCAACAGCUCAGUGAGAGUCAAGAAAAAUUAGAAGUGUGGCAACAGUCUCGGCAGCUUCAGUCGGGAAACCUGGACUCACGGCAAAGCGGCGAAGAGAACACGGAUGAUGUUAAGCCAACUCGCAGUUGCUUUUGCGAUGGCGCUUCUUGCACGUGUUGCGCCGACUUCAACCUUACGAUCAUCGAUAUCGGCGGACCGGGAUGUGUGCGCGUGAAGUAUUUGUCGCCUGAACAGGGAAUGUCCAUCAACAUAACAUAUGGAAAUAACAUGCUCACCCAUGAUAUUGUUAAAGGUCCACGACCAGAGCCCACUUGUGCUAAUUUCAUUGGCGGAGUAGCUGGUCUCUGCGCUAGAUUUUCUGAACUUACUCCUUCCGAGACCGGCCUCCGGGCAUGUCUGAAUUUAGAACCACAAGUUUUGGGCUCCUCUCAGCUCGCUAUACCAAUCGGAUGUUUCAAUGUGGGUGCCAAUGGUAUGGAGUCUCUGGAUGAUUUGGUGCCAGCAACGAAUUCAACUGGUGGAGGGGACGAUGAUAAAUUAGUCGGUAUGAGUACUGCCCAAAUCAUUCAAGUAGUGAACGAUUCAGCUGAAGAAGGCAUUUCCUUUAUAUCACAACUUUUUGGUCUUCAAUUUGGAGAUCAGAAAAAUCCGAACUCCGUUCAAGAUCCGUCUCAUGAAAUAGUCAACAACUCAGCGAAAUAA